UGUGACCAAAAUAAAAUGACCCAAACAACUUGUGAUUUGAAAGAAACAACUUUGCUUUAUCAGCUGUCCAUUUUCCUUUCCCCCAUUGGGCACUCUCAAUUUCAAGAUUUGAGUGUGAUGGCUUCCUCAAAGAAAUGGGCAAGCACCAUAUCUUCCUUUGCUUCUUGUACAUAUUUUCUUGUCAUUAUCCUUCAAAUUCCUCUUUUCAGGGCCCCUUGUAGAGCUGGAAUAUGUAGAACACCGUUAGAGUUGACAUCUUCUCAGUUAAUUGCCACCAAACUAAUCCCUGAAGUUGCAGUGAAGACUCUUCUCUACCCUGGAGCCAUUGCAAAUGCUUUCUUCAACUACAAAACCAUGCCAAACUACUACAACUUUCUGAAGUCAUACCAAUUCGCCACUCUACAUUCAGCCCCUAUGAUGACCUUUGAUGAUCUAAAACAACUCGAGCAUCAGGUGCUUGCUGGAAGUUAUUUGUCGGUGGCCGGAGCAUUUGUGUGUCUCAUAAAACCAGGGAGAAUAAGCCUCAUUGGAACACUAUUGAUCAUAUGGGGCCUUUCUAGGGAACUCAUUAUUGCCAAAUCAGUUGACAACUAUACUGGGAAAGCUGUAUGUAUUUACCCUGCAAUGUCCAUUGCCCUGGUUUCCGCCUUCUUGUCUGUGAGAAGGGAUGUAAGGAGGAUAUUUCGUAGCUGCAGAGGUCGACAGGUUCCGAAAGCGAAACUCGUAUAAUAUGAGGCAGCCAAAUUUUCUAACAUGUCUAAUGAUGACCCUCCUCAUUUUAUCAUUUCUUGUUUCUAAGGGAUCAUACUAGUAGUAGUUUAGACUGAUGAUUCAUGAUGUAUGUUGAUAAGUUCACUCUAGGACUAGUAUUUACCUACUUCCUAGCUAGAAACUUGGAAAUAUUUUGAUACGUAAUUUUCUUGUAUUUUGUACUUGGCUAUUCUUUAAAGCACUCCUCACGAGUGUGAGGUAAAAGUCAUGGGGCCUUAAAACAAUGUCUUUCUUCUUAUCAAAAUUAAAUUGUGCUCGU